CGUGGGGAGGCCACGCCCGGCACAGGGACCCCAGGGCAGUGCCCCGGCGCCCCUUUUCGGAUGCCAGAACGGAGCAACGCCCCAAACGUGGCAGCAGCCUCCGCGGCAGCUCUGCCUUCACACCCGAGGCUGCUGAGGAGAGCAGGCGAUUUCCACGGCCGUUGCUCCCCUCCGAGGGUACUUUCACCCUCGCAGUGGGCCCGGCGGGCAGCGCAGCAGCUCACACUGAACACGCCCCCCCCCCGCCCCUCCUGCCACCCCACGGCUCUCUGGCCGCGGGCCCCCCGCCCACUGCGGCAGCGAGCGGGGCUGCCCACGCCCCGAGGCGGGUGUCCGCCCGCAGCGGGGCGCUCCGCCGGUGCAGGGGCUCACCGGGAGCCGCGGACAGGGGCCAGCCGGCAACCGUUUGCCCUCGCAGGCCGGCCGGCCCGCCCGCCCGCCCGCUCGCAGGGAUGGCGGCAGCGCGCCCCAGCUCCGAGCAGGACGCGGGAGGGAGGCGCCAUGUUGAGGCCCGCCGCGGAGAAUCUGUUACUGUUGGAAAAACAUGAAUGUUAAGAAACGAAGCAAUCAUUUCACAAAGUGCAGAUAAUUUUGCACAGUGAGUUUUGACCUGCUGGAAGCUCCAGCUACUACGUCAUACUGGCAAGUAGUGGGAAGCAGCUGAGAGAAACAAUAUUGUUGUGGCAGCUUUGAUAAGACUUUUAAUAAAAAUCUGGAAAACGGGAGAGAACCAAUUUUUCAUGAAGAAUUUGUGUGACCUUGUGCCUGAACCUGAAAGCAUGAUUUUGGAUAAAGUUAGUCACUGAAAAAUCAUCUGCUUGGAGAUUAUAGAAACCAUGUUUAAAAAUGUCUGACCAGAAAAAUAUUGUACACAGAGCCCACUGUAUUGAAAAACUACUUUCUGAGAACAAUUUCCAAGAUAUUGAGGAUCAUCUUAAAGAACUUCAAGAUGUUGAUAUGACUGUAGAAUAUCUUCAGGGGACAGAAGUUGCCAAGGCUGUAUACAGAGUACUCAAGAGCUGUCCUUCAGUAGAGCUGAAAAAGCAAGCAAAGCAGUUAUUAUCAAGGUGGAAAGCACUUUACAAGAGUAACUCUGUUCAGUCAACGCAAAUUAAAAAGUCAGCUGCUGUGUAUGGGAAAGAGGAAACUGAACGUCUCUGUGUGGUUUCUAGAGAGCAGUUGCUGUUGGAAGGGCCAUGUCAGCAGGAGACAUUAGGUGCUACUGGUUCUAAAAUUUUGAUCCCAUCGCAAAGUGUUAAAAACAUGGUACGUAAUGAUGCAGAAGGCAGCACGAAUCAGCUUUCUUCUUUUGAGGAACAACACACCGAUAAUGAAGAUUCUAAACUUCUUGUUAAUGAAGCAAGUCUGCAGCAGGAUCCAAUGAGAGCUCUGAGGUGCAAGUGUACAGAUCUUCUUUAUAAAGCUUUGACUGGCUCUGCCAAAGAUGAAGAAACUGAUAAAUGGCUAGAGUUAUCUAAAGAAAUUGAAGGACAUAUUUUUUCUCUUCAUGGUAAAAAUGACAAAAAGUAUAAAAAUUGCAUCAGAAGCAAAAUCUCUAACCUGAAGAACCCUAAAAAUUGCCACUUAAAACAUAACCUUCUUUCAGGGACGUUGAGUCCAAAAUCUUUUGCUGAGAUGACAGUGAUGGAAAUGGCCAGCAAUGAACUGAAACAGCUCAGGGCUCUGUACACAGAAUCAUCUGUUCAGGAACAUCAGCUUCCACAAGUUAUUAAUGGCACACAGACAAACAAAAUAAAGUGUAGGCGCUGUGAAAAAUUUGACUGCACUGUCACUAUGAUUGCCAGAGGAACUCUGUUUCUUCCUGGUUGGGUGCGAAGCACAAAUCCAGAUGAACAAAUGUUGACUUAUGUUAUUUGUAAUGAAUGUGGAGAACAGUGGUAUCACAGCAGAUGGAUUUGUUUGUAACACUAUUCCUCUUAAGUGGUUUAGAAAUAUAGGUAUGAGAAGGUAUCUCUGUUGAAACUGUAUAAUUUAAAAUUUUGUAUUGAUAUUAUGUAGAUGCAGCCACUAAAAAGUGCAAAACCAAUUUUUAAAAAUUGCUAAGUUAUUUUUGAAGGUGACUUGAAUACAUCUAUGUGUUUUCAAGUAUUGUCAAUAUGUGAAGAAAUAAGAGGAAAAAAGGAAAAAAUGGUGACGCUGUAUCUGAGAGGAAUAUUCACUAGUAAAUCCAUUAAAAACACUCCAAAUGCUGCAGUUUUUUUCAGGUACUGAGUACUUGGAAUUUUCAUUAUCUUCAGCAGGAUUUCUUUCACAGAACAUAAGUUUCAUUUACAGUAAACAAAUUGUUUCCAAAACUGCAGUUCACAUACUUGUGUGCAUCGCAGAAUGUUCAGCAUGGAUUCACUCCUUAAUUAAAUCACCUUUUGCAAGUAA